AAUUCUUUCUCUUACAAUCUGACGUUUCGUCUUUGCCUUAGAAACAACAUUUGUCGACUGCCAAAAGACACUGGUCCAUGCAAAGGUGGUCACGCUCGAUAUUAUUACGAUCCGAAUACUGCAAAGUGUCGUCUUUUCAUGUAUGGCGGUUGCCUUGGCAACGGAAAUCGAUUCACCACCAAGGUGGAGUGCGAAGAAGCCUGUGGAGCCAUGAGUGAAGUCUACGACACUGGAGCUCCCCCAGCGAAAGUUAAUGAGGCUUCAGGAGUUCAAGUUCAAAAAGCACCCCAAGUUCCAGUGGAAGUUUUCGAGGAAAUGAGAAGGAUUACUGUUAUGUAUUCAGAGAGAUAUCGUGAGUUUAACUUACAUCGAAAUGAGAAUGUGAUAAUGAAAGCAAUUCUCCAAGAAAAAUAG